AUGAGCUACAGUCUCCAUUUGACCUUCAUGUAUCUGAGUCUCUUAGCUCAAAGGAUGUGCAUCCAGGGGAAUCAGUUUAACAUCGAGGUCAGCAGAAGUGACAAGCUUUCCCUGCCUGGCUUUGAGAACCUCACAGCAGGAUAUAACAAAUUUCUCAGACCCAAUUUUGGUGGAGAACCAGUUCAGAUAGCGCUGACUCUGGACGUUGCGAGUAUUUCUAGUAUUUCAGAGAGUAACAUGGACUACACAGCCACCAUAUACCUCCGACAGCGCUGGAUGGACCAGCGGCUGGUGUUUGAAGGCAACAAGAGCUUCACUCUGGAUGCCCGCCUUGUGGAGUUCCUCUGGGUGCCAGAUACUUAUAUUGUGGAGUCCAAGAAAUCCUUCCUCCAUGAAGUCACUGUGGGAAACAGGCUCAUCCGCCUCUUCUCCAACGGCACGGUUCUAUAUGCUCUCAGAAUCACAACGACUGUUGCAUGUAACAUGGAUCUAUCUAAAUACCCCAUGGACACACAGACUUGCAAGUUGCAGCUAGAAAGCUGGGGCUAUGAUGGAAAUGACGUGGAGUUCACCUGGCUCAGAGGGAACGACUCCGUGCGUGGGCUAGAAAACCUGCGGCUGGCUCAAUACACCAUACAACAGUAUUUCACCUUAGUCACCAGAACCCAACAGGAGACAGGAAAUUACACAAGACUGGUCUUGCAAUUUGAACUUCGGAGGAAUGUCCUGUAUUUCAUUUUGGAAACCUAUGUUCCUUCUACUUUCCUGGUGGUGUUAUCCUGGCUUUCGUUUUGGAUCUCCCUUGACUCAGUUCCUGCGAGAACAUGCAUUGGAGUGACCACCGUGUUAUCAAUGACCACAUUGAUGAUUGGGUCCCGCACUUCUCUUCCCAACACCAACUGCUUCAUAAAGGCCAUUGAUGUGUACCUGGGGAUCUGCUUUAGCUUCGUGUUUGGGGCCUUACUGGAAUACGCAGUUGCUCACUACAGCUCCUUACAGCAGAUGGCAGCCAAAGAUAGGGGGACAGCAAAGGAAGUGGAAGAAGUCAAUAUCACUAACAUCAUCAACAGCUCCAUCUCCAACUUUAAACGCAAGAUCAGCUUUGCCAGCAUUGAAAUUUCCGGUGAUAACGUCGACUAUAGUGACUUGACAAUGAAAACCAGUGACAAGUUCAAGUUUGUUUUUCGAGAUAAGAUGGGCAGAAUUGUUGAUUACUUCACAAUUCAAAACCCCAGUAACGUUGAUCGAUAUUCCAAAUUACUGUUUCCUUUGAUUUUUAUGUUAGCCAAUGUAUUUUACUGGGCAUACUACAUGUAUUUUUGA